AGAUACAUUUCAGUAAAGCACAAUUCCAAUAAAAAUGUGGAGUAACGUAUCACAAACCGUAGCUAGCUAGCUAAGUAAAGUAGAAGUAUCUCAACUUGCGUAAAUAUAGUUCAUUACUUCCAUUAUUGACAACUAGCUAGCUAGCUAAUAAACCGGGACAAUUUGAAUUGUUAAUGCCUCUCAACGUUUUCUAUUUCAAACAUUAGCUAGCUAGCAUGUCAAACAAACGUUUCAAACUGGCACCUGAGUUAUUUGGUUAUUUCUGCUGCGCAUACCCACUGUUAUUUACGGUAGCGUUAUUACUGGUUCCGUCACCCUGAAGUACCUAGCUAAAACGCUUUACGACACUGUUGACAACUGAGGCUUUUGUUUUCUCCAGCGGGUGUCUGCUGUUGGUAUAUUUUCCCAGUUAUGUUUGUUUUCUACAAGAGUUGUUUUGUAAUGAGUGUAAAAUGAGUGUUUUUGACUUAUUUCGCGGGAUUUUCGGAGUACCUGGAGGCCAUCAUCGUGGACGAAGGGACCCUUUCUUCGAUGCUAUGACUCAUGAUGAUGACGACGACGAUGAUGAAGACGAUGGAUUUUACUAUGAUGGGUUCCGGGGGGACCAGCAGGACCCCUUUGACAGUGCCUGGAGGUUUGGCUUCAGCGUUGGCCCCGACGGGAUGAGGAUCCAGGAGCCUCCAGUGUUUGGCCACAUCCUCAGGGAGAUGGAGGAUAUAUUCUCCCAGCUGGGCCACUGGGACAGACCGCCAUAUUCUGGACAUUUUGGUGUUCCCAGUAUCAUGCCGCAGCCACCUCAGGAACGAGCAGAGAGGAGUGGAGGGGGAUCCAGUGGGAACCCCCUGAGAGACUUUAUGCUCAAAUCCCCGGACAACAACCCACAAGGACCCCAAGCAGGGCCAUCUCGAGAGCCCAGAAAUAAUGGCCACCCUUCUGAUGAGUCACCAGAAUUUCCCAGCUUGCCAUUCCAUGGCUGGACCCCUUUCUCAAAGUUUAAUGAUAUUUGGAAAAGAGGGCCAUCGAAAGCUCCAGAUGAUGAAUGCAAAGAAGACAGAGUGUCCUCUGGGGGCCUGGAUCAGUUUCUGGCACCACCUGCCGGUCAGGCUCCGAACCAACCCAGGACCCGCUCAUUCUUCCAAUCGGUCAUCGUCACCAAGGUGGUGAAACCUGAUGGGACUGUAGAAGAGAGGCGAACAGUUCGAGACAGCCAAGGUAAGGAAGAGACCACGGUGACCCACUCAGGAGGUCCUGGUAGGCUGGAGGGACCAGACCGUCAAACUGGACCUGUCAGAUCAGGUGGUCAAAAUCCAUUUUCGGACAUGCGGGAUGAUGACUCCUUAUUCUCAAAGUUCUUUGGGGGGUUUAAAUAAAUCGUAAAGUGGAGUACUGUAUAUUCUCUGGCCAGGUUGACCAUAGUUUUUGUUCCCUGAAAACAUUUCAGUCUGAGUGUUCAUCUAGAGCUUUAAGUUUGCAUAUACUGUAUGUAGGAUAUAUGGUCAGAACAAUUGCAUGACCCUACAAUUGCCAAAAUAAAUGUGUUGGAUUAGAGUCUUUGGCCUGUCUAAGGACACACCAGGAUUUCCAACUGACCACGUAGACUAGAAGCUGCCAAUCCCGAAAACUAUUGAUUUUGACAAAUCGAGACACUAAACAAUUCACAAUUAGAUUUUUUUUUUUUGGAAUUGUCCCAUAGGAUAAGCUUGUAUGUAUAGGAGUGUGUGAUAUGUCAAAUAAGGAGUCUUAAUAUACAUAGUUGUUAUUGGCCUUUAUUUUUAGGUUUAGUCAGUUUAGGCUUCCCACUUUAAAAUAAGACCAUAACUUUGGAAAUAUGAAACAACACUCAGAAAAAUAAAAUGGUCUUUAGCAAAAUAUAAAAUGUGUGUACAGGUAUUACAAUAGUAGUGUAUUGGACAUCUACCUGCAGGCUUUGCAGAUCCUGCUUUUAUGUCAUCUGGACGGUUUUUGCUUACAACAGUCUUGAUCCCUCCAAAUUGGUAUCAAGCCUUAUCAGGUCCAGAUCAGUUUAGCUCUUUUAUCAUGGUGUGUUAUGGAUGACUGCGGUCCACCUAUUCUCAUCUCCCCAUUUAAUUUAGUUUAUGAUUAUUUUUGGGGGGCUUUUUUCCCUUUAUUUCAGAGUGACAGUGGAUAGACGGGAAAGGUGGAGAGAGAUGGGGGAUGACACGCAGCAAAGGGCCGCAGGUCGGAUUCGAACCCGGGCCGCUGCAAAGGCCUCAGCUAACGUGGGGCGCACGCUCUUACUGGGUGAGCUAGAGGUCGCCCCAACCCCUUUUCUUCUUCACUGCCCUCUUUCUCCUUUUCUCAAUCCUUCUAAAAAAUGUCCAGUAAAUAAAAAGGCCUUUGUAUAUGUGUCAGUGUGACCUCGCUCAGGUUUGUGGUUCAAUGUGUGUCAGAUACCGAGAGAAUGAUAAUUUAUGUUCAAUUAAAAAGAAUUAAAAAAAAAAUGCUUUUUCA